AUGUUGUCAACCCAGCUUCACCAUAACCCAGCUUCGAGACAGGCUGCAAAGGCUGCAGCUCUUGGUCUUGUUCGAACAGUAUCAUCCUCAUCAUCCCUCUCAAAAACUCCCGCUAUCCUUCGGAUCGGCUACUCCGUAUCUCAGCAGCACCGACUUUUCUCUUCGACACCCAACAACCAGCUUCGUGACUUCUUCCCUGUCAAAGAGACACCGCACAUCCAAACAACCAGACCAGCAUGGCCACACGAGGGCUACACCUACCAAGAAAUGGCGGCUGUUGAGCCUGCCCACCGAGAACCAAAGACUCUGGGCGACUGGACGGCAUGGAAGAUUGUUCGUGUUGCCAGAUAUUGUAUGGAUAAGGCAACAGGCAUGGACCGGGAUCAGAAGUCGGACAAAAAGAAGCCAACUACAGCUAUUGCAGCUCAGAGGCCACUCACCGAGGCACAAUGGUUGAUCCGAUUCAUCUUCUUAGAAAGCGUUGCUGGUGUCCCAGGCAUGGUCGGUGGUAUGCUGCGACAUCUCGGCAGUCUGAGACGCAUGAAGCGUGACAAUGGCUGGAUCGAAACUCUCCUCGAGGAGAGCUACAACGAGAGAAUGCACCUCUUGACAUUCAUGAAGAUGUGUGAACCUGGUUGGUUCAUGAAGAUGAUGAUCAUCGGCGCCCAGGGUGUCUUCUUCAACAGCCUGUUCGUCUCAUACCUCAUCUCGCCCAAGAUCGUUCACCGUUUUGUUGGUUACCUUGAGGAAGAGGCUGUCCACACCUACACUCGCUGUAUAAAGGAGAUCGAGGAUGGCAACUUGCCCAAGUGGAGUGACCCUAAGUUCCAGAUCCCUGAUAUUGCUAUUCAGUACUGGAAGAUGCCCGAGGAGCACCGUACGAUGAAGGACUUGAUUCUCUACAUCAGGGCUGAUGAGGCAACGCAUCGAGGAGUUAACCACACAUUGGGUAACCUCAACCAAAAUGACGACCCAAACCCAUUCGUCAGUGAAUUCAAGGAUCGAGAGCCACCUAAGCCUGCACUGAAGGCAGCUGGCUAUGAUCGGGCUGAAGUUAUCUGA